UUAGAGCCCGAACGGACGCCUCCUCCCCCCGCCCCACUUCCAUCCAAUCCUGUAGGCCCUUGGGGUGGGGGGAUGGGUACAGGCAGCCGGGCUGGGGGUGUGGCAGCUCCGUUGUGCUCUUUGCCAACUGCGGACGCGCUUCAGCGCCCAGUGCCAGCUGGCGCUGCAUCUGAUACAGCGGCGGAGGUGCUAGGUGUUAGGGCUGCGUGUCACUGGAGGGCUCCCCCGACGCCUCGGGACCCUUCUCUCCCCUGCUCGCUCCCUGAGACCCUGUUUCAGGGCACUGGAAACUAGCUCCGUACAGCGGACCCCGGACCUGCCCUCCUGAAACCUUUCUCUUGACACCGCACUAACUCCUCCUGGCAAAGGGGGUUGGCGGCACCCCCAACCUUUUGCAAGGAGACUGCAGCAACAGGGGUGGGGGUGUCUCUGCGUAGGGACAUGAAGAACUGCAGGCUUCUCUCCCACAGAGAUCUAAGAGGUCUCCAAAGAAGGGGAUUCUGCCCUUAAGCCAAACCACCAGAGUCUGACUCGUUCGCCUGAUUUCCCUCUCCCCUCCCACCCCCAUCUCUGUUCUCCUUGCUACCCGGGUCACAGGUGGGUUGGCCAGGUGAGGGCCGAUGGCAGGUGGGGCUAGCAGGUGAGGAGCGCCCAGCUCUGGCAGGACUACCCGCAGGAGGGCUCCCCGAUGUUGUGCCGGAGGGGACAUUGUUCAAUAUGGUGCUGAGGAAGAUCCAUAGGCCCCGGAGUUGUUCCUACCAGCUGCAACUAGAACACAGGACAUCCCCCAGCCGGAUCCAGGGUCUUCGUUGGACACCACUUACCAAUAGUAAAGAGACACUGGACUUUAAUGUGAGCCUGGAACAGGCCACUUCAGAGCAGGUGCUUCGGGCUGGAAAGCUGCUGCACAGGCAUCUUCUGGCUACUUGCCCCACCCUCGUGCGAGAUCGGAAAUACCACCUCAGAUUGUACCGGCAAUGCUGCUCCGGGAAAGAGCUGGUUGAUGGAGUCUUGGCCUUGGGGCUUGGAGUCCAAUCCAGAAGUCAAGCUUUGGGUAUCUGUCAAGUUCUCCUGAAUGAGGGAGCCCUCUGCCAUGUGAAACACGAGUGGGCUUUCCAUGACAGAGAUGCUCAUUUCUAUCGAUUCCCUGGGCCAGAGCCAGACCUGGACAGCAUUCAAGAGAUGGAGGAGCUGGUCGAGGCUGUGACCCUGCUGUCUCAGCGAGGGCCUGAUGCUCUGCUUACUGUGGCGCUACGUAAGCCCCCUGGGCAGCGCACGGAGGAGGAGCUAGACCUAAUCUUUGAGGAGCUGCUCCAUAUCAAGGCUGUGGCUCAUCUGUCUAACUCGGUGAAGAGGGAGUUGGCUGCUGUGUUGUUGUUUGAGCCAAGCAGCAAAGCAGGCACUGUGUUGUUCAGCCAAGGAGAUAAGGGGACAUCUUGGUACAUUAUCUGGAAGGGAUCUGUUAAUGUGGUGACCCAUGGCAAGGGCCUGGUGACAACCUUGCAUGAGGGAGAUGACUUUGGACAGCUAGCUUUGGUGAAUGACUCACCCCGGGCAGCCACCAUCAUUCUGCGAGAAGACAACUGUCAUUUUUUGCGGGUGGACAAACAGGAUUUCAACCGUAUCAUCAAGGAUGUGGAGGCAAAUACAAUGCGUUUGGAAGAACAUGGAAAAGUGGUGCUGGUACUGGAGAGGACCCCUCAGGGCAGUGGCCCUGACUGUCCCCUGAGCCCAGGCAGGAACCGGUACACAGUGAUGUCAGGCACUCCAGAAAAGAUCUUAGAACUACUGCUGGAGGCUGUGCGGCCGGACUCAAGUGCCCAUGAUCCCACAGAGACAUUCCUAGGUGACUUUCUCCUGACCCACAGUGUCUUCAUGCCUAGUGCCCAUCUCUGUGCUGCACUCCUGCAUCACUUCCAUGCGGAGCCAGCUGGUGGCACUGAGCAGGAACGCGGCAUCUAUGUCUGUAACAAGCGGCAGAAGAUCCUAAGGCUCGUCAACCAGUGGGUGACCCUCUAUGGCCCCAUGCUCCACAUAGACCCUGUAGCCCCCAGCUUCCUACAGAAACUCUCAGAACUGGUAAGCAGGGAUGCUCAGCUCAGCAACCUGCUAAGGGAGCAGGGACCAGAGAGGCGGCGACACCAUGGGUUGGAAAAUGGAAGUGGAAAUAUGUCACCACAAUUAAAGGUUCGAGCAGUUCCUAUCUGGUUCCCCAGCUAUGAUGAACUCAUCCUCAGCAACAGAUAUGCUAUCCAAGCUCUAGACAAAGUCCCCUAUGACAUCUGCCUGCCAGACCACUCAGUCCUGACACUGAAUCUGCCAGUGACAGCCUCUGUGAGAGAAGUAAUGACUGCACUAGAACAGGAAGAUGGCUGGGUACAAGGCCAGGUGCUGGUGAAGGUCACCUCUUCUGGAGCCAUAGCUUCUCCCACAGACACCAUUGAUCUACAACCAGAUGCUCGUGGUGUAGCAACAUCUCUGGGACUCAAUGAGCGGCUCUUCCUUGUUAACCCACGGGAAAUGCACAAACUGACUCCACACCCAGAUCAACUUGGCCCCAGUACAGGGUCAGCUGAGUUGCUGGACCUAGUGAGUGCCAAGGACUUAGCCAGCCAACUGACUGACCAUGACUGGAAUCUCUUCAACAGCAUCCACCAGGUGGAGUUGAUCCACUAUGUGCUGGGACCACAGCAACUCCAAAACACCACCACUGCCAACCUGGAGCGCUUCAUGAGGCGUUUCAAUGAACUGCAGUACUGGGUGGCUACAGAACUCUGCUUAUGUUCCAUGCCUGGUCUUCGGACUCAGCUGCUCCGAAAAUUCAUCAAGUUGGCUUCUCACCUCAAAGAGCAGAAGAAUCUCAACUCUUUCUUUGCUGUCAUGUUUGGCCUCAGCAACUCUGCUAUCAGCCGUCUUGCCCACACCUGGGAGCGGCUGCCCCACAAAGUUCGGAAGCUAUAUUCUGCACUUGAACGGCUACUGGACCCCUCCUGGAAUCAUCGUGUGUACCGAUUGGCACUUACCAAGCUGUCCCCACCCAUCAUUCCCUUUAUGCCUCUCCUCCUCAAAGAUAUGACUUUCAUCCAUGAAGGAAACCGUACACUGGUAGAGAGUCUCAUCAACUUUGAAAAGAUGCGUAUGAUGGCCAGAACUGUAAGGAUGCUGCAUCACUGUCGAAGCCAUGGCUCUGUGCCUCUCUCACCACUCCGGAGUCGAGUCUCCCAUGUACAUGAAGAUAGUCAGACCGUGAGGAUUUCUACUUGUUCAGAGCAAUCGUUGAGUGCCCGGAACCUGGCCAGUGCUCGGGCAUAUAUCCAGCAGCUGAAGGUCAUUGACAACCAGCAAGAACUUUCUCGGCUCUCCAGACAACUGGAGCCUUGAUAGGACUGAUGUGCCUUCCCUAAACCCAGAGAGGCAUAGCUGAGGAAAGUUGGAAAGGAUCCCUGGACCAAUAGGUCUAAGAGCUGGAUGGAUUCUUCACUGAGAAUGUGGACUUGAAGAGCUGGAAUAGGUAGCAUGGAUCCAGCUAACCCAUUCGGUGAUGACUGGCAGCCAAAGAGAAAAUGGAGAUGACUUAAAACUCCAGAGUGAAGAAGGAUGGGAAGAUAUGGAAGAGUAGUGGAAUGGGAACAUGGACAGCAAACUCAUGUUCAAGAGACAGUUCUCUAUACUAGCCUUUUCUAAGUCCUUGGGAAGCUUAUCACAGGAAAGUUUCCUAUAAUUUGCGCCAGUAAGAGAAGUAAGAAGAAGGAGGAGGAUGCUGGAGCCAGGAAACAUUCUUGGAGGAAAAGAGGUUCUGUUUCCUGUUUCCACUGACUUUUUUACACGAACUGCUGCACAGAAAAGAGAGAGAAUCCCUGGGACUCCAGAUGCCCAGUAAAUCAGCAAACAGUUGUAUAUCUGCCAUGUCUAGGGCACUGUGUCCAUGAGUAGCAGGUGCUGCAAAGAAGUUGGACCAUUUCCAACUUCAAAAAACUUAUGGUACCACUGGAGAGACCAAAGGUCUAUGCUUGUCUUCACUUAUAGGAUUCCUGUUCCUGAGAAGAUUGUUGUUAGGCAAAUUUGGAAAGGACUGAGGUGUGUGAUGUAAGGAUGCAUACAACUCACAGUAUUAGUCUAAUUAUAUAUACAUCAUAGAUGCGUAAUGCUUGGUUGAAUGAACCCCCUAGCCCUGGUACCCUCGAGCUCCCAGGCUGAAUCACAGGAGAUGGAUUAAUCAUGACUCUCCAGAAGGCUUUUGGCCUUUGUUCUACUUUCUAAAGAUGCUUCCUUUGGCUUUCUCAACAAUUGCAUAGGAUUGAUAUGCCCCAGUGCACAAAAUUCAGCCCCAGCCCUUUCCUCUCUGUCCCUUUUCAGUCUUUCAGUCCCUGUUCUCUUUCUUGUCCUGUUUUGGCUGCUAGGUGUGCCUAGAUUUUUCCUUUCUCAGGGUACCCAAUGCCUAAGACCUGGUAAGGUGCUACUCAGCAGCUUCUAGGGGUGUGACCUAGGGCUGUAGCUUGUGACCAGGGUAAGCAGAAACCCUAGGGAGUGGCUCCCAUAUAUUUCCUCCGUGAAACUGGGCCAGAGAAGCGAAGGCACAAAAAGGGGAAACUGUUUUGUGAACUCUGAAACCUGGCAAGGGAGAAGGUGGUAUGGUCUAGAAAAGGAGCAAGAGACAAUAAAUCACAAUUCAUCAUCGAUUACCAGCAUCUUCCUAAUGAGCCCCAAUUGUCAGCACCUGAAGAGAUUUCCCCUAUCUCCCUCCAGCUCAUCCCAUGACCAUUUACAGCUGCGAAAGACUUCUCACUUCCCAUGUGCCUGGGAAGGAUCAUGUCCCUGGUUGCUGAAUUGGAGAGUUGGAGAAAAUUAGAACACAGGACACUGCUUGUGUCCUGAGCUGAAAAGCAUUUUCCAGUGCUGAGUGAGAAGUAGCAGUAACCAGGACUUAAUAGCCCUGAAGAAGAGAACCUCUAAAGAAGGAAAGAUUGAUAAGGAAUGAGUUUUUACCCUGUGUACUCUCCUUAUUCAGUGAGUGCUCCCAGAGGCCUUUGACCCUUUGUCCCUACGCCCUCCAAACACAUCUUAUUUCUUAUCACCUGUCUUCUGGUUUCCUCUCCCCUAAUGUACAUUUUGCUUCCAAGCUAGGUUUCCUUGUGGCUGGGAGAAGAUACCUAGAUAAAUGUCUUAAGUUCUUUUGUAACCCUGGGAAAGUAAUUGAACAUUUCCAUGCCUCAUUUCUCCAUCCAAAAGAUAAUGAGUUUAAUCUUGACUUCUGUGGAAAUAAAAUGCUGCCUUUGCUUUCUCUUGGGAGCACUUCCUCCCCAAACUGGGGAGAGUCUUUCUAAGGCAUGUCCAGCCAUGUGUCCCUUAGUUUAGGGCAGCAGUGAGUAUCUGCAGCAUCUUCACUCCAAAUGUCUUAGUUUGGGGCAAAAUUUUCCUGGGAUGUAAUGAAGUAGGAGUUUCAGGGACUUGCUGAGCCCCUGGUUGCACUGGCUGAUUUAAGCCUCUAAGCUCAGACUUUCUUUGUAUUCUUCAUUCAUUCCCACCCUUAUUAUGUGUGUCCUAUUGCUUCUUAUUGACAACCACCAAUUUCUUCUACAUCUACAUUGGGAACAACUUCUAAAAGGCAACAAAGGUCUUUCUGCACAUUUCCAAUGCGUCAUUUCUCCAUCCAAAAGAUAAUAUUAGUUUUAUAUUUUCUGUGGCAACAAAAUGCAUCAGGGGGUUAGAGAAGAAAGAGAGAGCUCACAGGUUAAAUGACUUGGUGGGGGGGAGUCUGGAGGAGGGCAGGACAUUAUUGGAAGUCAUGGGAACAGCUUCUUGCUCUAUAAUGCCCAGUCUAAUCUCAGCCACCUGGUAAAUCUCUCAUCAUUCCAAUGGCAGUAUGGAACCCAAAGUAUUCUCGGAUAUGAUUGUUAUUCAUUCUUCUAAUAUCUCACCACCAUGCAUACCUAAUGGGCAUGCAAAUACAUACUCCAUUUUGCUAUCAAAGAAGCUUGAAGGAGAUCUAGAGAUGGAAGAGAGUGGGGAGAAAACCUUAUCUGAAGUGAAAUCCUUUAAAUUCUUGCCUUGGAUACAACGUGGGCCAUGUAUGUGUUGCUUAUCUAUGUGUCUUAAGGAAAGUGAAGGGACUGCCAAUCUGCAUCCCCUUCCCUCUUGACCCCUCCAAAAAAAAUUGUAAUGGAAAGUAUGCUGGAUAUGGAGUUGAAAGACCUCAGUUCUGUUUCCAGUUUUGCCACUUACUCCCUGUGUAACCUUGGGCAAGGCACAACCUUCCUGAGUUUCAAUUAUCUCAUCUGUAAAAUGAGGAGUUGGACUAAAUGACUUCUAAGAUCCCGUCCACCUACAAGUCUGUGAUGGCAUGCUCCUACUCCUCAGUCAUGGAACACGUGUGAAUGGCCUGUUAGUAUGAGGCAGUCUGGGUUGUAAUUGCAGGGUGUAAUAGGGAGGAGUCAUGACCUCCCCAACAGGUUGAGCAGGAUGUAUGUAGUAGGGAACAGCUGGUAAGGCUGGGGAGCUGGAAGUUCUGGGGUAACAGCCUUGUACUUCUUGGAUAUUUAACUCUUCCUACAUCAACUCUUCAACCAGUCAUGGAGCCUUGUUUCAACAUUUUUCCUGGAUUUCUGUCAUGGAAGGGGUGGGGGUGGGAAAGAGACAGGGAACAAUACUCAUGUUAAUGCUUAGUUCUUUGAUCUCUAGAAAUUCUCAACCUUUGGCUGCCUUUUAGUUCUAAGCCCUUUCUGGAGGAGAUAUUAUUUUUAUAACAUAUGUAUGGUAAUAAAUUUUUAUUUACAUAGUA